GAAGAACAUUACUAUUUGUAUUCAUUCUUUUGUCUUUGUUUUUGUUUUUGAUUCUUAGAAUUUUUUUUUUACAUUGGUGACCUCUUUCUCAUCUAUGAACGGUCUUAUGAAUGAAGUUCCUGAUAACUUUAACAAACAUGCUUUGAAUAGCAUGAUGCAGCGUGCAAAACAACUUCAACUACAAGGUGCUAAUGAAGAUACCAACCAAGAACUGGCUCACAUUAUGACCUUUUUACGAAGUAUGAAAAGACAACCUCAACCUAUGAGAGUGGAAGCUUCUUCUUUGCCUAUGAACAACAUGAACUCCAAUGAAUUACCCAAUGCAUCGUCUUCUUUUACAAAAUCACAACUUACUACUCUACGACAUCAGAUCCUCGCUUUCAAACUCAUUUCGAAAAACAUGCCACUUCCACCUCAUUUACAACAAGCCAUUUUAUCACCGAUAUCACAACAACAUUCUCCUACUUCAGACAAUAACAAUACUAAACUACCUUUAGAACAUCACCACUCCUCUGACGAACCUACUCAAGUAUUCAAUGCUUAUACCUCACCUUACACUCUGAUACAUCGAUCAACACAUACAUCUUCGAAUCGCUUACGGCCUCACCACCAACGUUUAUUAGUUCCCAGUAUCACACCUCUUGGAGUGGAUUCUUAUUCUAUUAUCUCUGAAAGGGAACGUCGAAUGCAAGCAAGAAUGAAAUACCGUAUGGAUGAAUUGGAAAAAUUACCUAGUAACCUAAACGAUCAUACCCAUCAACAUCCAUGGUCUAUAAAUCAGCAAUCUGAUCACUCUAGCACCAAAUUACGAGCUGUGAUCGAACUCAAGGCAUUAAGACUCUUGUCAAAACAGAAAAAGCUCCGUGAACAAGUGAUUCAUGCUGUCGACCGAUCAACCACACUUUCCACAUCUGCAGACAGACUGGCUUACCGACGUAUGAAGAAACAAUCCUUACGUGAAGCUCGUAUGACAGAAAAAAUUGAACGUAAUCAACGAUUGGAACGUGAACAUCGUGAGAAGAAAAAACAAAUGGAUUAUCUCCAAUCUAUUUGUGAUCAUGGACGUACUUUGGUGACGGGACAUUAUGAACAUAAAGCCAAGCAAUCCAAAUUAGGUAGAACCGUCUUACAAUUCCAUGCGCAUAUUGAAAAAGAAGAACAAAAGAAGAUGGAACGAUUAUCCAAGGAACGUAUUCAAGCAUUGAAAAAUGAUGAUGAAGAGGCAUAUAUGAAAUUGAUCGAUCAAGCCAAGGAUACUCGAUUGACUCAGUUAUUGAAGCAAACCGGUGGAUUUUUGGACUCUUUGACAUUGGCUGUCGCUGAUCAACAAAAUGAUCCUGUACAUGGGCGUCAUCAUGAAGAUGAUAUGGAUCGUACUGAUACUACUGUUGAUGGUAAACAAGAUUAUUUCCAAGUAACUCAUCGUAUCAAGGAAGCCGUUAUUCAACCUUCUAUCCUUGUUGGUGGUACAUUGAAAGAAUAUCAGCUCAAAGGACUUCAAUGGAUGGUAUCUCUUUACAACAAUCAUUUAAAUGGGAUUCUUGCAGAUGAAAUGGGGCUUGGGAAAACGAUUCAAACUCUUAGUCUUAUCACUUAUCUUAUUGAAUACAAGCGACAAAUGGGUCCCUUUUUGAUUAUUGUGCCAUUAUCAACUUUACCAAAUUGGGUAUUAGAAUUUGAAAAAUGGGCACCUUCCAUUACUAAAAUUGUAUACAAAGGAAAUCCUCAAGUUCGUCGACCAUUACAAUACAAUAUUAAACAAGGUGAUUUCCAGGUGCUUUUAACGACUUUUGAUUACAUUAUCAAAGAUAGACCGGUACUAUGCAAAGUGAAAUGGACUUAUAUGAUUAUGGAUGAAGGUCAUCGAAUGAAAAAUGCAAAUUCCAAAUUGACCACUGUACUUCGACAAUAUUAUACAACAAGAUAUCGUUUGAUUUUGACUGGUACCCCAUUACAGAACAACUUGCCAGAAUUAUGGGCAUUACUCAAUUUUAUUCUUCCCAAGAUUUUCAAAAGUCUCAAGAGUUUUGAAGAAUGGUUCAAUACUCCCUUCUCCAAUCAAGGUGUACAAGACAGAGUGGCACUUAAUGAAGAAGAACAGUUAUUGAUCAUCAAACGACUUCAUAAAGUACUUCGACCUUUCUUACUUCGACGGUUGAAACGGGAUGUAGAAUCUGAAUUGCCAGAUAAGGUAGAACGUGUGAUCAAAUGUAAAUUGUCACCUUUACAAUCAAGGAUUUACAAUCAAAUGAAGAAACAUGGUAUUCUUUUUACUGGUGAUCUUGAACGAGGAAGCAAGAAUGGGGUCAAGGGACUUAACAAUACAUUGAUGCAAUUACGAAAAAUAUGCAAUCAUCCUUUUGCUUUUGAACAAGUUGAAAAUGCGGUAAAUCCUUUACGGCGAUCCAAUGAACUUCUCUUCCGUGUGUGCGGCAAAUUUGAAUUAUUAGAUCGUAUGUUACCAAAAUUAGAACGAACUGGUCAUAGGGCUUUGAUCUUUUUCCAAAUGACACAAAUUAUGAAUAUUAUGGAAGAUUUCCUUGCAUAUCGUGGUUUUAAUUACCUUCGAUUGGAUGGUUCAACAAAGGCUGAUGAUCGAUCGAUGAUGCUCAAACAAUUCAAUGCGCCCAAUUCUCCUUAUUCUGUGUUUCUUCUUAGUACUCGUGCUGGUGGAUUAGGAUUGAAUUUGCAAACAGCUGAUACAGUGAUUAUAUUUGACUCGGAUUGGAAUCCCCAUCAAGAUUUACAAGCUCAAGAUCGUGCUCAUCGUAUUGGUCAAACAAAGGAAGUCAGGAUCUUUAGAUUGGUAUCAGCAAAUACAGUGGAAGAAAGUAUCUUGGCUAGAGCUAAUUACAAACUGGAUAUUGAUGGCAAAGUGAUUCAAGCUGGUAAAUUCGAUAAUCGAAGUACAGAUGAAGAUCGUGAAGCAUUUUUGGUAAGUUCAUUGAAAACAGAUAUCUAUUUAGAUGAUACUCAUAUUAUUAUUAUUAUACAGAGAUCCUUAUUGGAAGACAAGAAUGAUGAUCAAUCAUCUGAUGAUGAUGAUGAAAUGAUGGAUAAUGAAGAACUGAAUCAAAUCUUAUUCCGAAAAGACGGUGAUCUCGAGGUGUUUGCUCAAGUAGAUGCUGACAAGGAAAAAGAAGAUCUAGAAUGGUGGCGACGAAUAGGUGGUACUGGAAAGCCAGAACGAUUAAUUCAAGAAUCAGAAAUCCCAGAUAUAUACAAGCAAGAAGAUUAUACACCUUACAAACGGGAUGAUACAGAAUAUGGACGUGGUCAACGUGUACGAGAUGACGUCCAAUAUGUUGAUGGAUUAUCAGAUGAUGAUUUAUUCCUUGAAUCUGAUGAUGAUGAACAAGAAGGAACAAAUACUACUCGUUCUCCUAGUGUACAAGGAACAAGAAAAUCAAGAUGGAAAGGCAAACCUCUUCUUGAAGAAGAUAGUGAUAGUAGUAGUCCUCGACGUGGUGGUGGAAGACGAAAACGUGAAGAUUCUACAGAUUCUGAAGGACCAAGAAAAAGAGCUGGUCGUGUCAAAUUGGAUGGACCGAUGCCAAAACGAGGAAGAAGAUCAGCACAUAAUGACAUGAAUGGCCCUGAUACAGUUUCACCCCGUGUUAGAAAACAAAUGACAGAAAUCUUUGAAAAAGUAUAUCAAGCAGCUUUGGAAGCACGUGAAGAGGAUGAAGAUACUUAUCGUGACCUUAGUGAUUUAUUCAUGACGUUGGUGGAUAAAUCUGAAUACCCGACUUAUUAUACAAUGAUCAAAAACCCUAUUUCUAUGGAAAUAAUUCAACAACGUAUUCAUUCUCCUUAUUAUCGAACCAUUCAACAAUUCCGGGAUGAUUUUUGUCUCAUGUACAACAAUGCAAGAACAUUCAAUGAAGAAGGAUCUUAUGUUUAUGAAGAUGCCAAUACUUUACAGUCGAUCGUUGAAGCCAAAUUAGAAGAAUUAUGUCCUGGUGGUGUGAUGCCUUCUUCUAAUGUAGUUUGAAACAAACAUUGAUAUCUUUUAUUAUUAUAUUUUUUUUCUAUUUUUCUUUUUAGUUUAGUUAUUCUUCAUCAUUUUUUUUUGUGUGAUAUCUGUAUAUAUAUAAAAUAUACAAUUUUUUUUUUUUUGGAAACAAUAAGAGAAAAAAAGUCAAUUAACGAAACCAAUCAUCUGUUUUUUUUGUCGAUCCGAAGAUCCUUUUUUCGCACAGUGACAAUCCAAUGAUUUCAUUGGACAAGUUUUAAUUUUUUU